CAACUGCCAAGGCCCAAAAGUAUAUAGAAGCCAGACGCAGGGCGUCCCCCUCGUGCUGUUUUCUUUUUUUUUCUUUCCCUUCCUGUCCGAACAAGAACCGACAGGAUGGCCUUCCCUCAUCAUCUGCUUUCCUGGCUCGCAGCCGUCGUGCUUCUCGCCCAGUGCCAGGCCAAGACCGUGACUUAUGACUUCAAUGUUACUUGGGUCACGGCCAACCCAGAUGGCCUGGCCGAGCGUGAGGUGGUCGGUAUCAACGGUCAAUGGCCGCUGCCCGUGAUCGAGGUGGACAAGGGCGAUCAGCUGGUGGUGAACAUGUACAAUGGCCUGGGCGACAAGAGUACCUCCAUUCACUUCCACGGCAUGUACCAGACCAACACCACGGACAUGGAUGGGCCAUCGAUGGUCACCCAAUGCCCCGUGCCUCCGGGCAGCUCCAUGACGUAUAACUUCACCGUCAACCAGAACGGCACGUACUGGUACCACUGCCACACCGACUACUGCUACCCCGAUGGCUACCGCCAGGCCUUGAUCGUGCAUGACAACAGCUCCUGGUUUUCCGACAUGUACGACGAGGACCUCACCAUCACCAUGACGGACUGGUACCAUGAGCUCACCGAGGAGAUCGCCCCGACCUUCAUCACCGUCGACAACCCCACGGGCGCCGAGCCGAUUCCCGAUGCCUUCCUCUUCAACGACACCCUGAACACCAAGAUCUCCGUCGAGCCGGGCAAGACGUACUUGUUCCGUCUGAUCAACAUCGGUGCCUUUGUCGCGCAGUACUUCUACAUCGAGGACCACACCAUGCGCAUCGUCGAGAUUGACGGCAUCUACACCGACGCCGCCGAGGCCGACAUCCUCUACAUCAGUGCGGCCCAGCGCUACUCAGUCCUCGUCACCAUGAAGAACUCGACGGAGAAGAACUACCCGAUCGUGACGGUGGCCGACUCGGCCCUGCUGGACACGAUUCCCUCCGACCUCCAGCUGAAUCUCACCAACUGGCUCGAAUACAACUCCAGUGCCUCCUUCCCCCAGGCCGUGAUGACCGUGUCCGACUGCACCGAGCUGGAUCCCUACGAUGAUAUGAACCUCGUCCCCUCCGACCGGAUGCCCCUCCUGGAGGACCCCGACGUCUCGCUCGAGCUGACCGUCACCAUGCAAGUCCUCGACAACGGCGCCGACUACGCCUUCCUCAACGACAUCUCCUACACUGCGCCCAAGGUCCCCACCUUGUACACCGUCAUGUCGGCCGGCACGCUCGCCACGGAUGCCACGGUCUACGGGGAUUAUACCCACUCCGUGGUGCUCGAUGAGGACCAGGUCGUCGAGAUCAUCCUCAACAAUGGCGAUACGGGCACCCACCCCUUCCAUCUGCACGGCCAUGCCUUCCAGAUGAUUGACCGCUACCCGGGCUACGGCGAGCAUUUCUACGACUACGCGGACGGGGACCCAAUCACCUACAACGCUUCCAACCACAGUGCCUUCCCCGCCUACCCCCCGCGUCGAGACACCUUUGUCCUGCCGCCCCAGGGAUACUUCGUGAUUCGCUUCAAGGCCGAUAACCCCGGCGUAUGGUUCUUCCACUGCCACAUUGACUGGCACUUGUCGCAGGGUCUGGCGAUGCUCUUUAUCGAGGCGCCCUUGGCGAUCCAGGAACGGGUGACCAUUCCCCAGCAACACUAUGAUGUGUGUGAGGCGGCCGGAAUCGCCUAUGAAGGCAACGCGGCGGCCAACACGGAGGACUACACGGAUCUGACCGGCCAGAACAAGCAGGUCGCCUGGCUGCCCGCUGGAUUCACGGCCCGGGGUAUUGUGGCGCUGGUGUUUUCGUGUGUGAGUGCCUUCCUCGGAAUGGGUAUGAUUGCCUUCUACGGUCUGUCGGAUAUCAAGAAGGGGUCCCACGCUCCGACGGCUCGCCAAGAGGAAGUGAGAGAGCAUAACGACUGAGGUAGCUUCCGGAAACCCGAUGUGCUGUCAAUCUGUGGGACGAUUGACCCUGCAUGUUGUGUGUGCACAUGAUAUCCAUGCAUGUAUGUAUAUAGGAGACGAUCUGGCUGGAUGUAGGCUGCCACUGCAUGUGCGUCAUAUACUGAAUAUCAAAAGUUUGCA